CUUGCUCUCUCUUGUUUUUCAGAAAACCAGGAAUUGGAAGUCAUGGCUGCGAAGCCCAAACUUUAUUACUUCAAUGGAAGAGGCAGGAUGGAAUCUGUGCGCUGGCUCUUGGCCGCUGCUGGGGUGGAGUAUGAAGAGGUGUUUCUUGAAACAGCUGAAGAACUUCAGAAUUUAAUUAAGGAUGGCGAACUACUGUACCAUCAAGUGCCAAUGGUGGAAAUUGAUGGAAUGAAGAUGGUACAAACCAGAGCCAUCCUGAGAUAUAUAGCCGCAAAAUACAACUUGUAUGGGAAGGACCUGAAGGAGCAACUCCUCAUUGACAUGUAUGUGGAAGGAAUGAGAGAUCUGUACGACAUUAUUAUGUUACUCCCAUUUGCUUUGCCUGAAGAUCAGGAGAAGAAUCUUAGCAUCGUCGCUGAGAAAGCCACUCAAAGAUUCUUCCCAGUGUAUGAGAAGGUAUUAAAAGAUGGGAAAAAUUACCUUGUCGGCAACCAGCUGAGCUGGGCAGAUGUACAUCUACUUGAACUCAUCUUAAUGGCUGAAGAAUGCAAGUCUGAUAUUCUCUUGGCAUUUCCUAAACUGCAGGAGUUCAAAUCCAGAGUCAGCAAACUCCCAAGGAUUCAGAAAUUCCUUCAGCCUGGUAGUCAAAGAAAGCCACCAAUGGAUGAUGCAUGUCUUGAAGCUUUACAGAAGAUAUUUACUUCGCCAAAAGGCUUGCUUCUUAAACACUCUAGUAUGUCAUUAGCUUAUUUUUAGUCAUGCCCACAAAAAUAUUAGGAUGUACUCUUGCAGCAUUUCUCAGUUCAAUAAGUAGUAAAUAUGAUGCCUCCUUAUAGAGUUUGUAAUCAGAAAAACCUAAUCUUCAUAUUGCUUAUAGUAAAACUUCACCUUACUCAGAGUCAUAGAAUCACAGAUUUAAAAAUUUUUUCAUUACAUAUUAAGAGCAAAUUUAGAGCAAAAUAGCCCUUAUUAGUGCAGUGAGUCUGUAUAGCCUCUUCAUUUUAUCAUUGUGGAAAUUGAGAAAAAGAGGUUAAAUGACUUACCAGGGGUCACACAGGUAGUAGAUACAGAGUCAGGACUCAAACUUGGGUCUCCCAUUUCCAAAUUCCAUCCUUUUUCAGCCGUUACACUGUCUCCUUUUAAUUAAUCUAAAAUUUUCAGGAAAGUAGGAAUGUUUGGAAUAAAAUUGAAAAUCAUGUGAAAACAAAAUGGUACUAAGGAUUUCUUUAAAAAAAUAUCCUACUAGAUGUUGCGUUAGGUUCCUUUUAGAUGCAAACCCUUUAUACCUGUCCUGAUAGUCCUCAGGAUCCAUAGCAAAAGAAGUAAUGUUCAGUUACCUUCACUCCACUGAAUUUAGGGAGGACAGCAAUCUGCCCAUAUUUUAGAAAGAUUUUCAUUGAAAAAAGCACACAGAAGAAGAGGUUUGUUUAGUUCCCAGUUAAUGAGAAAUCUCAAUUAAACAAAAUACCCUAUUCCUUUUUCCUCAUGACACUUUCAUCAUGGUUUUAUUCUACUUUAAAACAAAAAGAAUGAUAAGUUUUAAUACAAUCAAGGAAGAAGCCUGAAGAUUAACUGAAAAUUUCCCCUUUUAAAAUCGCCCUUUUCUUGUAAACUAAAAGAUGCAUUUUCAGGAGGAAAUAAUUUUUUUUUUAUUUCUCCAAGCAGAUAAUCUAUCAUGUACCCUAUUGUCAGAACUCAUUACAAGAUAAACUAAAACAACACUUGGAGACAGAGUCAAAGGAGGCUUAAAGUUUGAGUGUCACUAAUUAAAGUACAAUCUUAUAAACCCAAAGUAAGUUUAAAAGUGGUAGGGUGGAGUGGUAAGCAGAGUUUAGUCUUAUUUCAUCUUCCCAGUCCACUCUACUACUGAAUUAAUGAAAGGAGAGGGGGUAGGGAGGAAUAGGUUUCCCGUAUAAAUGCUCACAGGCAUUGGUAAGUUAGGGGGUGUCUACCCCAAGCCUGUGAAGACUUCCCCAGGUGGAACAGACAGAUGAGAACAGUUCGUUCCAAUGGCUGUCAAGGCAACAGCACUUAGAGCUUGGUCAGCCAUUAAAGACACCAAUGUCAUCCUGACUUUUGUCUUGUGUGGGGUCCAAGUGUUAUACCUAAAUUGAAGCCCACCAUUAAUCCCUUUUAUAUUCUUGUCUUUGUCUCUGCCCUACACCCUGAAAUGGCUUGAAACUGCUUAAGGCAUGAUUCUGGAUAUUGCCCAAGGCUAGUCCCCUGACCCCCCACUUCAUCAUGAUUCAGCAUUCUGUAUAUUCUCUCUAUAUCAGCAUUAUGUGCAAGGAUCAGUUGCUAGAGUAAGGUAUAGGUUUAUUUUGGGGAGGAGCACCCCAGUUGCUAGGUGGUCCCACACCCUGGGUUAUGGUGUAGCUAUUCUGUUGGCCAAGCUAGGUCCCUCUACGCAGACCAUAGCUGAUCAAGUAGAGGUUACUUUCUGGGGAAUUCCACCCUGAACCCUCCACCCAGUUACAGGAAACCGAUUACGACCUAAGAGGGCCACCCAUUCUAGGAAACUGACCACCCUGUGUCACAGGAUGGUCACACCCCUGAAUCUCGCCAUAUUUCCAAACUAGCUCUGAGCUGAUGAAUUCAACCAAUGGCUGAUCUUUGCUUCUGUACGUCAUUGCUUCUGCUAGCGACCCUUCCUAAUUGUGUAAUUGUGGUUUUUGCCUUUAUGGGCAUUGUAGUCCCUCAGUUUGGGGCUGCCCGAUGUGAGUAUACUUUGUGUAUGUACUCCAGGUAGUCGCGCACUUGGCCAAUAAAUCCACACCUAAAUUUACCAUGGA